GCUGGUGUCUCCAGUAAGAAUGUGACACUUGGUGACCCACGUCUGAAGGAGAUUAUCAAUGUUGCCACCAAAAUCAAAACUCCCUCCCUCACUGUCUACCUCGAGCCUGACAUUGCUGAAGAGAGUCUGCUUGCCAAGAACAUUGAGCAAGAGCUCACCUAUACCUCAUUUUGUACCGUGACCGCAGCCGUGGAGAUCUGGUAUGACCCAGACCUAAGCUCCACCAUCAUCGAGGAGGACUCUGUCUUCGUAGAGUCAUUCUUUGCCAUUCCCGACGAGAUUGAGUCCAAGCUGCAUCUCCAGUCGCCAUGGCUCCUUCGUCUCGAGCUUGAUCGUGCUAAAAUGAUUGAUUGCAAGCUCACCAUGGCUUUGUCGCCAGUUGCAGAGAGUUUUAAGACUGAUAUCUUCGUCAUCUGGAGCAGACGUGGAAUCUCAAGGUUUGCAUUUCUACAUGUUAUACACUAG